AUGAGGAAGAAGUCCAAGACAUUCACAGGAUGCUGGACAUGUCGCGCCCGCAGAGUCAAGUGCGACGAGGCCCAGCCAAUCUGCAACUGCUGCACUAAAGCAGGUCGAAUCUGCGAGGGCUAUGGUGUCCGCCUAACAUGGCAAGGCAACCAAAAAGAAACUCCUUUCAGAGUUCUUAUCGAUUUGGAUACGGAGGGCACAGAAAUACCGUCAGACGACCUGGAUGAUAUGAUCAACAAAUGCUGCUAUACAGAAGCUAGCCAUGAGACCCAGACUUUUGGGCCUUUUUCUGUGUUCCGCAUUGGACAGAAGACUGAGUCUGGGGCCUCGGAACCACGGCACUUGGACACAAAGGAAAGCCAAGAAGAUCAGAGACUCGUGGGAGAAACAGCAACCGAUAACUCAUAUACGCCCCCCUCCAGUGACUGGUUGAUAGGUACAAGUCAGCACUCAUUACCAGAGACCAGCAAUGAUGCAACUUCAGACAUCACCAUAUUCGACACUUUUGCGGAUCCGGCUACCAGUUUGAAUUAUGAUUACGUUAAUGAUAAUGAUUAUCUAGUGCUGGAUGAGCUUUUCUCAGCCGAAUGGCUUCUCGGUCCAAGUUUUUGCGAUCUGGAGUCAACACCAUCGUGGGCAGAACUCAGCAUCGUUCCGUUCAACGUGGAAAACGAUUCCACUUCCGCUUUCGCCCUGUCACUUGAAGGUUAUCCAUCACCAGAUCACUUCCAAUUCAAUAAUACGCCGUUUAGGUCCGUGCAUGAAGUGCCAUCGCCACACGCCAGUCUCAACCCCAUUCCCAUGUCUCGACAACAAACCGAGCUGAUCCAUCACUGGCUAGUCCACAUGUGCAGAAACAUGGUCCCAAUCGACUCUUUAGACAACCCAUAUCGAGUUAUAUAUCUAAGUCUAGCUUCUGAAGGCGCCAGUGGCACAUCCAAGAGUCACGUUGCAGUGCUGCAUGGCGUUUGCGCUGCAGCCGCGCAUAAUCUUAACACCCUACGGCAUGACAAAACAGAUAGACAGUCGGCGUGGAAUACACAGGUAGCACUCCAGAAUCUACAAGAGUCCAUUUCACAGCCAAAAGGCAUGGAUUAUACCUCUGUUCUGGCCGCUAUAGCGAUGUGCAUUAUGCAGGACACUAUGACGGGACAUCCUGUGAGUUGGAGAUCUCAUAUACAAGCUGCUUUGAGGAUAAUAGUACAGGGGAAACUCUAUCAAGGUCUGGACCCGGGGUCAGACCUACACGUUGUGGUUCUACAGUGUCUAUGUCUGAUCGUGUUAGGCGAUGUUGAUACACAGCAUGAUCUUGGAGAUAUGGUGUCUCAAAUCCCCACCACCGAGGACUAUGUCAUCAAGCAUCACUGCGUCACGAAAGAUCUCGUGGGUAUCAUAUCUCAAAUCAAUGCGCUCUCGAAACAAGAUACCACAAGAGAUCUCACUCCAGUCGACCAGCUAGAACUUCAGGUCUAUUUACAAGUCAGUCCAACAACUCAACACAGUCAAUUUUCCAGUGACAAGAUAAAGUUCAUCAAUCAGCACUACGCCUCGGUCUGGCACUACGCUACAAUAAUACACUUCCAGCGACGGAUCCGCCACAAGCCACCAGAGCAAUUACAAGACAUCGUGUCUGAAGGGUUGGCUCAUCUGGAAGCAGCUGAAGAUGUUACCACUGAUCUUGACGGAUGCAUCGUUCUAUGGCCUUGCAUGGUUAUCGCCACUGAAUGCUAUGACGAGGGUCACAAGACGCGCGCACUGAACUGGUUUAAGAAGAAAGACCGCCACGGAUUUGCGAAUUGCUUUGACUGCAUCAUGGCAAGAUUUUGUGGCAAGGACCCAGUAUGA